AUGUCGGGAAUCCCAACUCGCUGCAGCACAGAUAUCACCAUGCCGCUGAACAAGGCCCAAGCAGCGGCCACGCCCCUGGAGUGGACAAAUGGAGGAGAUGAGAAAGGGAACACCGGACACAGGCCAUUCAACCUCCGUUGUUCUCUGGAAGCAAAUGGAGGAGAUGAGAAAGGGAACACCGGACACAGGCCAUUCAACCUCCGUUGUUCUCUGGAAGCAAAUGGAGGAGAUGAGAAAGGGAACACCGGACACAGGCCACACAACCUACAUUGUUCUCUGGAAGCAAAUGGAGGAGAUGAGAAAGGGAACAGCUCAGGAGAGAGACGUGACUAUCGUGGAUCCUCUGGGGAGCCUCAACAACAACAUGAUGCUGACGAGGCAGAGAAGAGUCCCUCCACAUCAGAACACCUCGAGAAACACCAGCGGAGACCCACAGGAAAGACACCUCACUGCUGCUCUGACUGUGGGAAGAGAUUUACCUCUUCGGCUGACCUUAUAAGACACCAGAGAAUCCAUACAGGAGAGAAACCGUAUAGCUGUGAUCAGUGUGGGAAGAGUUUUAAUGUUCCAAGCAGCCUGAAAACACACCAGAGAACACACACAGGAGAGAAGCCUUAUAGCUGUGAUCAGUGUGGGAAGAGUUUUAAUGUUCCAAGCAGCCUGAAAACACACCAGAGAACACACACAGGAGAGAAACCUUAUAGCUGUUGUCAAUGUGGGAAGAGUUUUUCUUCGUCAAGCCGUCUGACUAUACACCAGAGAACACACACAGGAGAGAAUCCUUAUAUCUGUGAUCAAUGUGGGAUGAAUUUUACUACAUCUAGCCAGCUGACUUUGCACCAGAGAACACACACAGGAGAUAAGCCGUAUAGCUGUAAUCAAUGUGGGAAGAGUUUUGCUGCCUCACGCAGCAUGACAGCACACCUGAGAAUACACACUGGCGAGAAACCUCACUGUUGCUCUGACUGUGAGAAGAGAUUCACCUCUUCAGCAGACCUUAAAAUACAUCAGAGAAGCCAUACAGGAGAGAAGCCUUAUAGCUGCUCUGACUGUGGGAAGAGCUUUUCAAAAUCAUCUAUAUUACAAUCACACCAGAGAAUUCACACCGGAGAGAAACCUUAUAGCUGCUCUGACUGUGGGAAGAGCUUUUCAAAAUCAUCUACAUUACAAUUACACCAGAGAAUUCACACUGGAGAGAAACCUUAUAGCUGUUAUCAAUGUGGGAAGAGCUUUACUCACUCAAACAGCUUGAUAGUACACCAGAGAACACACACAGGAGAGAAACCUUACCACUGCUCCGACUGUGGAAAGAGAUUUGUUUCGUCAGGACAUUUAAAAUCACAUCAGAGAACACACACAGGAGAGAAGCCUUAUAGCUGUGAUCAAUGUGGGAAGAGAUUUACUCACUCAAACAGCUUGAUAGUACACCAGAGAACACACACAGGAGAGAAGCCUUAUAGCUGUGAUCAAUGUGGGAAGAGCUUUACUCACUCAAACAGCUUGAUAGUACACCAGAGAACACACACAGGAGAGAAACCUUAUAGCUGUACUCAAUGUGGGAAGAGUUUUAUUAAGUCUAACAGUCUGACUAGACACCAGAGAACGCACACAGGAGAGAAACCUUAUAGCUGUGCUCAAUGUGGGAAGUGUUUUACUACAUCUAGCCAUCUGUCUAUGCACCAGAGAACACACACAGGACAGAAUCCUCAUAGUUGAAAUCAAUGUGGGAAGAAUUUUACUCUGAUAUACACACAGGAAAUAAAUAAUGUAGCUGUGAUCAAUGUGUGAAGAGCUACUCUGGUAAAAUAUAUCUGAUCAAACAUCAGAAUAUACAGGAAGGAGUUGUUUCAUGAUGUCAAUGAAAUAAUGUCACAAUGUAGAAUGUUUUAACAUUGUAGUAGGAGUAUUU